CAAAACGACGGUAAUACGUAUGCAGAUCUGGAGUUCAAUCAACGAACCAAAAAUGAACAAAUUUAUCUCAAAUUGGAACGGGGAGGUCAACCAGAGAAAACAUCUAUUCCUGUGCAUCAAUUUGUUAGCCAUGUGGAAAAUGUUAUGAGAGACAGUAAACUGAAGAUUUAUCAUGAAUUUUCUAACUUGCUUUUGUCAGCUGGUAAAGGAAGUACAAGAAUAGGACAAUCCAAGAAUAAUUUGCCGAGAAACAGGAGCAAAAUUGUUCCGUAUGAUUUCAAUCGAGUAAAGUUAUUUGAAGGGAAGAAGGGUUCACAGAAUGACUAUAUAAAUGCGAGUUUUAUUUUGAACCAACACUACAUAAUGACCCAGUAUCCUCUGCCCAGGACAAUGGGACAUUUCUGGCAAAUGGUGUGGGAACAGAAUGCACCUUCUAUUGUUGUACUUUCUGAUGACAGCAAUGAAAAUAGCAAGGUAAUCUAUUUUAAGGACUACUUAUGCGGUGCCCUCCGCCUCCACAAUUUAACACGCAGGUAUUGA